AUGUAUAAUUUCACUAAUAUUCGCGCAUUUUUCAUUAGAAUUUUACCUACUACAUUGUCAAGAAUCAAUCUUGCGCAAAAUUUUGUUAUUCGGAAUUCAUCUUCACAGUCAAAUCUGGCAAAUAUUGCUAACAAGAUACAAAAUGAUCCGGAAAGGGAGAGGAAGCUUAAAGUACUGAUGUUGGAGGUGGAUGUGUUCCGACAGGAGGGAAGAAAAGCCCCAGACCCAGAAAAACUCACCAGUGACCACUGGAAUCAUUUACUAACUCUCAAAACGAGAUCUUCACGGCAAAAGUUCUACUCAUACCUCUGGCAGAUUGAGAAGAAGAAAGAGAAUGCAAGGCGGAAGCGUGAAGAAGAAAAAGCAGAAAUAGCAGAAAAAAGGACUGAGAAGAUGAAGCUUGUUGCUGAACAGGAGCACAUUGUGUAUGGCUUGAAUUUUACAUCAAUGUUCAUGAGAAUAUACGACAGUACAAUUAAUAUGUGGAUGAAUAAUCGCUUGACCAGAGCAAUGCAGUUUGCUCCGAAGAUCGUGAUUGAUUGUUCAUACGAGGAGCAUAUGAACAGGGCUGAGGCUUCAAAUUGUGCCAAGCAAUUGAUGCUGACAUUUGCAGAAAAUAGACAGGCGAAUGAUCCCUUUGACCUUCAUUUCUGCAGCGUCAAUUUUGAAGCCUGUGGAGCUCGUUUGUUCCAGAAAUUAAUCCCACGAUUGUUGGACGCUGAUUUUCCCAUAAAUGUCCACAAACAGAGUCACUUGGAUCUCUUCCCAAAAGAGAGACUCGUUUACUUAACCCCACAUUGUCGCAAUGAGAUGACUUCAUACGAUCCCGACGAUAUCUACAUAAUUGGAGCGAUGGUGGACAAGAGAAAUACUGAUCCCCUCUCUCUGGCUAAAGCAAAGCGUCAGAAAUUGCGAAUGGCCAAAUUGCCCCUAGACAAAUACCUUCAAUGGGGUUCAGGAUCUGGAAAAUCCCUCACCAUCAAUCAAAUGAUCAGCAUUCUCCUAGUUCUCAAAGGCACCUCUAACUGGGAAGAGGCUCUAAAAAUUGUUCCCAGGCGGAAGAUUGAAGCAAUCGAAUCGAAUGAGGAGUGGAUAGAAAAGCGUCUUCGAAGUCUCAAAUAUUCACCAAGAUCGUGAAAGAAAAAGAAAUUUUGCCAUUCAACACAAUUUUAUUGGCCUCAAUUCCUCCUGCGACGCACCCUGGAUAUUCGCCAGGCAUUUGGUUCCUCGUACUUGUUGUAGAGUGGCUCCAGGCGCUGGUUCUUCUUGAACUUACUGAGCUUAGUGGGAUCGGAGAAGCGAAAGAAGGAUGGAGCAAAUUCUACCAACCAUUUGGGAUCUAUAGUCGUCACUUCACGCAUAUACUCCUUUGUUGUCUGCACCAGUUCAUGGUAAACAACCCUACAAGAGGAAUGAGGUAAGAAUUAAAAUGUUCUGUAACGAUAAAGAUGAAUUAAAUUAGUAGAUUUUUUUUGUAAA